GAUUCUCCUGGAGAUGUCUCUGGGUCAGCUCUUACGACGUGCAUCCUCCAAGGCCUCUGACCUCCUGACCUUCAAUCAGUCGAGUGGCUCCUUGAGGCUUCUUGAUGGUGAAAUUAUUUACUCAAAAAAUAAUGUUUGCGUCCAUGCUCCAGAGGUCCUGCGAGGUCUCGGAGAACACCAUCCAGGGUAUUUAUGCAUGCACUUGGAAAAGGAUGAAUUUCUGGGUACAACACUCAUUCUCACCUGGAUCCCAAACACCAGGAUCCAACGGCAAGAUGAAGAAGCAUUACGUUACAUCACUCCAGAAAGUUCUCCCGUGCGAAAGGUACAUCGCAGGAGAGGACGACACUCACAAGCAUCUGCGGCUCGCCGAUCUGCGAGCACCCAGGAGCAAAAACAAGCAUUGGCCCCACCAGAAGAUGAUGAGAUAAUGACUGUAUCGCAGAGCAUGACCGAGUCCAUGCAUAUCGGCUCACCGGGGUUAGAGCAGAGCGAAUUGCAGCAUUCCCUCACUUUGGAGAUCUCCCACAGUGUACUGCAGCAAGCCCAAAGCAACUCAGGAAUUUCCUCAACCAUAACUUGUCAAGAUGACCAAAAUGAUCUAGAAGCUUCUGCGGAAGGUCAGGAAGAAGUCAGCUCCAAAAGGGAGCAGGGGGAAGAUGAGGCAUCAUGCGAUCUAACCACUGACGAUGUCAGCAGGGACAGCACCAUUGGAUCAGAUUCCGAUACCUUCUCCUCCCCGCUGUGUCUCUCUCCAAUUGGGGAUCCUCUGGGAGAAAGUAGCAGAUCUGUAUUUCUCGAUGCUGAAAGCAGGGAGAUGUGUGAAGAGCAAAUGGCCCAUUUAGCAAGCUCUGUCUCAGAACACACCUCAGAUAUAGAAUAUGGGCUGCAAUUUUCUGUAACUUCCACACAGCUGCAUAACACAAAAUGGGAAGAACAGCAAAAAGUGUUGGCACUUGAGCACCUCUACGGUGUUUUCAGAGUUGAUCUGGGUCAAAUGCGAUCGCUCCGCCUUUUCUUCAGCGACGAAGCAUGUACAUGCGGACAGCUGGUCAUCGCUAGCCGGGAAAGUCAAUACAAAGUUUUCCACUUUCACCACGGUGGACUUGAUAAACUUGGUGAGGUCUUUCAGCAGUGGAAAUGCUGUACAGAGACCCAUCACAAAGACCAGGUGUCUGAUGUAAAGGCUUGCAUGCAAUUCUCAAUAAAACGCCCAAACCUGCCUUCGUCAGAGACCCACCCAGAGGAGAACAUGUAUAAACGACUGGAUGUCACUACAUGGUUGAAUCACCUCAAUGAAGCUGGACAAGUGGAAGAGGAAUAUAAACUCUGCAAGGCAAUCUUUUUUGGCGGUAUUGAUCCAACGAUUCGUGGCGAAGUCUGGCCAUUCCUGUUGCAGUUCUACAUCUGUGAAUCCACGUCAGAGGAAAGGGAGGCUUUGAGGAUUCAGAAACGCAGAGAAUAUGAGGAAGUUCAGCAGAAAAGGUUGUCGAUGACUCCUGAGGAACAUGAAGACUUUUGGCGAAAAGUUCAGUUUACAGUUGAUAAAGAUGUGGUUCGAACCGAUCGAUCCAAUCAAUUCUUCAAAGGAGAGAACAACCCCAACGUGGAAACUAUGAGGAGAAUCUUACUAAACUACGCAGUUUAUAGCCCUGAGAUAGGAUAUUCCCAGGGGAUGUCUGAUUUGGUGGCUCCAAUACUCUCAGAGGUCAGGGAUGAAUCGGACACAUUUUGGUGCUUUGUUGGAUUGAUGCAGAAUACGAUUUUCAUCAGCUCUCCGCGGGAUGAUGACAUGGAAAGACAACUGCUGUACCUGAGGGAGCUGCUGAGAUUGAUGCACGCCCGUUUCUACCAGCACUUGGUAUCCUUGGGCGAGGAUGGGCUACAGAUGUUGUUCUGCCAUCGCUGGAUUCUCCUUUGCUUCAAACGAGAAUUUCCUGAAGCAGAAGCACUUCGAAUUUGGGAGGCAUGUUGGGCUCAUUACCAGACUGACUACUUCCACCUGUUUGUUUGUGUGGCCAUUGUUGUGAUUUAUGGGGAUGACGUGAUCGAACAGCAGCUAGCAACUGACCAGAUGCUGCUUCAUUUCAGCAACUUAGCCAUGCACAUGAGUGGGGAGAUUGUCCUAAGGAAGGCUCGGAGCCUUUUGUACCAGUUCCGCCUCCUGCCCAGAAUCCCCUGUAGCUUGCAUGAUCUCUGUAAGCUGUGUGGGACCGGAAUGUGGGACAGUGGAUACAUGCCAGCCGUAGAGUGCACGUUAAAUCACCCGGAUUUAGAGAGUUGCCCAUGUGGAGGGACGUCUGCAACCCCUUCUCCACGAUCAGCACAUGAAGGCAAAAGAGGGGCAAAAGAUGUUUUCACUUUUCUGAGAUAGUCUCUCUCUCUCUCGUCGAUUUUUACUGUGUAAACUUUCAAAGAACAAUUUGCUAGUGGGUUUGCUUGAUAUCAGGCAAUUUACCCACCUUUUGCAGAUGCAUUAUGUAGCCAUUCGAAAUUUAGUAAUCAUGAGCUAGUGCAAACCGUUCUCCCUUUAACCAGAGUAUCUUUACCGUAAGUUGAAGUAAAAAAGAACAACCGAGUGGCUAAAGAACUGAAAUUUAAAAGUAUUUGGCCUACACCAGGUCAGUCAGGAUCUGAAGGAGAAAAGUUGGUUAAUGUUUUGGGCAUGAACCUUAAUAAGCAUCAUGAGAACUUAGAUGAUGAGUUUGCUUGGCAUCCUCAUUAUAGAAUAGAGCAAGGUAGGAAGGAUUUUAAGAAUGAUUAUAUAUGCCAAGAGGUAGCUGAUGCAUCAUUAAAAGAUUGCAAAACAGGUUAGGAAGCAAAGAAAAUCCACUUCC